UUGGAUUUUCCCAAGAGAGUCCAUAUCUGAGUCUCACCCCCAAUAAAUACAGAUCAGAGAUGUCGGGAGGCUCACUCUGCUCUCCGACCACCAGACUCCCCGGCCUGCCUUCAACGCUCUGAGACAUGGGCCCUCAGCUCCAGAUCACAGGGUCCCUCGGGCCGCUGGCCUUCACCCUGGUGCUGCUCGUCACCACGGCCGCCCGCCCCACCCCGGACGCCUUGGGGGUCUCCAGCAAGCCAGCAUUGGGCACUACCGACCUGGGCAAAUGCAAGAGCCUAGCCAAAACGCUGUACAAAGAAGCUGACGCCCUGAAGGAAGAGAAUGGUGAAAACCAGAGCAUGUGCGACAAUAGCAGCACCAUACUAGCUGAAAACAACCUGGUCUUUCCCAACUUGACAGAGCAAGAUGGAUGCUUCUAUUCUGGAUUCAAUAAGGAGACAUGCCUGAUAAACCUCAUCAGUAAACUGCAGGAAUUUGACGGGUAUUUCCAGUUCAUGGAAAAUGAGCUGAAAGAAAAGAAAAGCAGGAUCGAAGCACUAAAAAUGUUCACGACUCAACUAGCCGAGUCUCUGAAAAAAUUGAUGAUGGGGGCAGAUCUAGUACCAACCCUCAACCCAACUGCCUCCCAUGACCUGGUUUUGAAACUGAAGAGCCUGAAUGAGUGGUCCAGGAAGGUGGCUCUCCAUCUCAGCCUGUGUCGCUACAUCAAGUUCAUGGAGCAUACCAUUCGGGCUAUUCGGAACAUGGACCCCACGGAUGUCAGUGUUUGAACGUUUUAGUUCAUGCCUGUUCCUUCCUUCAUUGAAAAAUCUGUCCAAUGGGCAGAUGGCAUGUUGUUCUUUAUGAAGAACCAAAAAAGUAUGAGCAAUGAGGAUAUUGCUUUUAAUAAUUUAAAAUUAAUUUAUUUGUAUUUAAGUAAUAUUUAUUCCCAUAAGGUAAUUAUUAAUUUAUAUAUUUUAAAACAUUUUAAAGGAUUUCUAUUUUUUUUUACAUAUGAUUUUAAUUGAAAAGGGAACUGCCAUUCUUGUUCCCUGAACUCAGUCCCAGGGCUGAAAUAAAUGAGCAGGUUUUACCUCCAGUGAUCUGCUAAUCAAAGGGCGGGCUUCAGAAUCAGAAAGCCUGGGCUCAGAUCUCUGCUUUGACACUGACCCACAGAGUAGAUGAUCCUGGGCAAGUCAUUGAGUUCUCUAUGGCUCACAAAACUCAUUAAAACAAAGUACAGAGAAAAUGCCAACCUGCCUUGGUAAAAGGAAUUUCAUUAUUCAAGGUUUCCUCAAACCAGUGAAAUCACAGGUGUACUCUCUUUCCCCAUUCCUAAAAAUAAUUAUUUAUGUUAUAUUUAUGAAAUUU